AUGGAACUACAGGGGGCAAGCAAUGCAAUCAUGUGCCGAGCAUUCCUCUUGACUCUAGGAGACAAUGCUCAAAUACGAUUUAGGAGACUACACGAGAGAUUGGUAAAGAAUUGGAAUGAUCUAGCCAUGGCGUUCUUGGCCCAGUUCAUGGGCUCUAAGGCCAGAACCACGCCAAAGGAGCGACUAGUGAGCAUCAAACAAGGAAGAAGUGAAUCCCUCAAAAGCCAUCUGAGCAGGUUUAAUAAACAAUCCAUGGAAGUGGAAAAAAUAUCUGACGAUGCGGUACUCAUGGCCGUACUAGCAGGAUUGAGGCCCAAAAUAAGAAUUUGGUGUUCAGUACACGAGGACAGUCCAAGGACUUAUCAUGAGUUCCUUAACCAAGCUGAAAAAUACAUAAGUGCUGAAGAAGCAACCUCUGACCAAGAGGAAGAGAUCUCCAAACUCGACCUCAGCAACACAAUAAAGGAGAAAAAACCAAAUCGCAGCCCCCAGCCCAAAAGAAAGAAGAACAGGAGAGAAAGAAAAUGUCCUAGGGCUCAGCCAUACAAAUUUCGAGAAUACCACCCACUCAAAGCCUCCUUGGAAGAGGUAUUCACGCAAGCUAAUGCGAAAGAGGCAUUUCACAAACCUAUGAUCCUAAAGGACGGACAGGCAAGACAACAUCAGGGACGAUACUGCCUAUAUCACAGGAUGGUGGGCCAUGACACUGAUAACUGUCGGGACUUAAAAGAGGAAGUUGAGUCCCUAAUUCGAAGAGGUCGAUUAUAA